UCAGUUUGUUAAAAUAUCUUCACAAUAACUUGUUACGUCCCUAAAAACUGUAUCAUUUAACUUUUUGGUGCAUAUACCAUCGAGCUUUAAUUUAACCUCAGCCACUAGGAGUCGCCAAAAUGCUUGUUCCUGCGCUCGCACCUUCGCUGCCUUCGAAUUUGAGCCGGAGGGAGUCCCCCAAUCCCGCUCCAGACAUCCCGUCCCGUCUGCAGCAGCAGUUUGCCUCAGCACCUUGCCCGUCCGCUAUGCCCUCCGACGCUCCUCUCGCACGUAACUACUGCAGCGAUACAGAAGUGAAGGAACGCUGACAGCACAACUCGGGGUGUACCUGGAUUGUUGUCACUUUGGCACGACGUCCAGAUCUGAAGGAUAUUUGACGUACGCUUUUCUCGGUCGUGCCGACUUCUCCUAAAGCGACGUGUAUGGAUGUAUCAUGGCUACGUUUUCAUGCAGGGUGCAGUUCUUAGAUGAUACCGAUCCAUUCAACAGCACCAAUUUCCCCGAGCCGACCAGACCCCCGCAUUUCACAUUCAGAGAGGAUAUACCGCUCAUCAAUCAGAUCGCCGGAGUUCACAGACUUCUCAAAGCCCCACACAAGCUCGAUGAUUGUGCCUUACAGCUGUCCCAUAAUGGCAGUUAUCUGGACUUGGAAUCCACCUUGGCCGAGCAGAGAGACGAGCUUGAAGGCUUUCAGCUGGAUGGAGGGAGGGGAAAGAAACACAGUAUUGUCCUGAGAACACAGCUGUCUGUCAGGGUUCAUGCCUGCAUAGAAAAGCUGCACGACUCGACCGGACGUGAUCUACGAAGAGCGCUGUUCUCUCUCAAGCAGAUCUUUCAAGAUGAUAAAGAUCUGGUGCAUGAGUUUGUGAUGGCUGAGGGACUUACCUGUCUCAUUAAAGUGGGAGCAGAAGCCGAUCAAAAUUACCAGAACUACAUCCUCAGAGCUCUUGGACAGAUCAUGCUGUAUGUGGAUGGGAUGAAUGGGCUCAUCCGGCACAAUGAAACCGUAGAGUGGCUUUACACAUUGGUCGGAUCAAAGUUCCGGCUGGUUGUUAAGACCGCUCUGAAGCUGUUGCUGGUUUUUGUGGAAUACACUGAGUCCAAUGCACCUCUCCUCAUCCAGGCCGUCAACACUGUGGACAAUAAGAAAGGCUCGAAGCCCUGGUCCAACGCCAUGGAAAUCCUGAGUGAGAAGGAUGGAAUGGACACUGAGCUGCUGGUCUAUGCCAUGACACUUAUCAACAAGACUUUGGCUGGUCUUCCUGACCAAGACUCGUUCUAUGAUGUGGUUGACAGUCUGGAGGAACAGGCGAUUGAAACCUUGGCCCAGAGACAAAUCAACAGGAAGGGCGCAGACCUGGACCUGGUGGAGCAGUUCAACAUCUAUGAGGCAACUCUUCGUCAUGAGGAUGGCGACGAUGAAGCUCAGCCUCCUUCAUCUGGACAUAAAAGCCGCCGUCGGGCUAGCGUGGGGGCUACGCCUGAAAGGCGGGGCUUGGAACGACGACGCAGCAGAAGACACUCGCUUCAAAAUGGAAAAGGCCACACGUCUGCUCCUACUUCCCCCUGCCAUAGCCACACCCCCAACAUCCUCCCUUUUAAUGGCAAGAGGAUAGAGAAUAUUAGUGAAAGAGAGGAGGAAGAGGAGGAGGAUGAGGAACUGCAGAAAACAGAGCACUCUAGACAGGCAUCUGAAAGCAAUGGCUAUGCAGGUACAUAUCCUGGCAGGUCAGCUGGUGUGUCUAGUGCCCCCUCAACACCCUACAACCGCUUCGGCCUCACGGGAGGUCCACCUGCAGACAGUAAAGCUGACAGGCCGCCACUUGGUGGUUUACUGACAUCGUCCUACAGGCAGCACCAAGAGUCUCUGAAUGCAGAACGUGAACGCAGGCGCCUGGAGAGAGAGGAGAGACUUCAGAGGAUUGAAAGAGAGGAAAGAAACCGUUUCAACCGGGAUUAUGUGGAUAAGAGAGAAGACAUCAGACAAGCUCGAGAAGAAAGAUACAAGCAGUUGGAACGCGUGUCAGCAGAUGAGAACGAAAGAGAACGAGCGAGGUCAACACCACGAGGGCGAACAGAAAUCACCCUGAGCUUGAGUUCCCGAACCUCCAGCAGCUCCCUGCCCCGUUCUGCCGCUCCUCUGACUGUAGAGUCUCGUGAGGAUACAUGCUCCAUCCCACAUCCAACACAAGGAGCUGAAUCAGAGUCAAGCCGGCCCGUGCAGACGGCAGUAACAUUGACUGCCUCAGAGCCUGCGGAGCCGGAGGAGGAACAGAGCCCGCUGGAACUUGAGAACAUCACGCUCUCUCUGUCUCAGACAAGCACGGAGGCAGAGACAUGUGAGAAAGAGGAGACGACAGAGGGAGCCGAGGAACAUGAAAUGAUGAAUGUGCAGGAGGAGGAGAAGAAAGAUGAAGAACCGGAAGAGAACUGCGAGGAUGAGGCUAGCAGUACAGGUGCCGAGGAGUGUGAGAGACGACAGAUGUUGGAGGACAACGCUAUACUGAGCGAGAAAGAGCGUCAGAAUGAGGAACUGAAUGAGAAAGAUAACUGUUCUGCCUCUAGCAUCUCUUCAGCGAGCAGCACACUGGAGAGAGAAGAACGGGAGGAGAAACUUGCCAACGAUUCAGGCCAGUGGACGGACUGUGUGAACACAGCGGACGUCAAUGAUGAACGCGGCAAAGGUCUCAACAACAAAUGUUUCAUGUUGGACAUGCUCUACUCGCAAAGUAAGAAGCCAGUAGAGGAAGAGGAGAUAGAACAGGAGAAUGAGAAAGAGCAUUCAGGUCAAGACUCUUCUGUCAGCAGCCUUGCUAUCCGCAUUUCCACGCUGGAGGCGCGUCGUCAGGUGUGCGAGGAGAACGUCAAGAAGAUGGAAAAGGAACAUCUGGACAACCAGGGUAGCGUGCGAGCCGUAGCUGAGAAAUUUGGAGAUUUGGUAAAAGGACUUGUGUUGUCUCACGAGAUGGAGAAUCUUGGGAAGGAGAAACAGCAAAUGCAAGAAAAAUCUCCACCUGCUCCUUCACCAACGCCACCCAAAAAAGAAUCCGACCACAUAUGGGACCAGCUGAUGGCCUUGCCGCGGGAGCUUCGCAUCAAAGAGUUGGACUUCACAGACUUGGGGGAGGAGGACGAUGUGGACAUUUUGGACGUUGGUACCGGGAUCGGGUCGGGUGACCUCACGUCGCCUCCUCCCCCACCUCCCUGCUUGUCCAACCUUCCUCCCCCACCGCCUUUGUUCGGAUGCCCCCCACCUCCACCCAUCCAUGGCAUGAUGAUGCCCCCUCCGCCACCCUUUUUGGCUUCAAUGCCUCCCGCAAAUCUCGGAUCUCCUCAGCUUUGUCGAGGAGAACCCCCGCUCUUCCAGAAGAAGAAGAAAACCAUCCGGCUGUUUUGGAACGAGGUGAGACCUAUAGACUGGCAAUACAACAACCAGAAGAGAUGCAAAGAUUCACUGUGGUCCAAACUGGAUCCCAUCAAGCUGGACACAGCCAAGCUGGAAAAUCUAUUUGAAACGAAAUCCAAGGAGCUGCCAGUUACAAAGAAAACAGCAACAGAUGGGAAGCGUCAGGAGAUCAUUGUUCUGGACUCCAAAAGAAGUAACGCCAUCAACAUCGGCCUGACGGUCCUGCCUCCACCACGCACAAUAAAAACAGCCAUCCUGAACUUUGAUGAGUAUGCCCUGAGCAAAGAGGGCAUAGAGAAAAUCCUGACAAUGAUUCCCUCAGAAGAGGAAACACAGAAGAUUCAGGAGGCUCAGCUGGCAAACCCUGACACUCCACUGGGCAGCGCAGAGCAGUUCCUCCUCAUUCUCUCCUCUAUCAGUGAGCUUUCUGCACGCUUGCAGCUCUGGGCCUUUAAGAUGGACUAUGAUGCUUUAGAAAAGGAAGUGGCAGAGCCGCUACAGGACCUAAAAGAGGGCAUGGACCAAUUAGAGAAGAAUAAGACUCUGCGCUACAUCCUCUCAACUCUUCUGGCUAUCGGCAACUUUCUCAAUGGGACAAAUGCUAAAGGUUUUGAGCUGAGUUACCUUGAGAAAGUUCCAGAGGUGAAGGACACAGUUCACAAACAGUCUCUGCUCCAUCACGUCUGCUCCAUCGUGGUGGAGAAGUUUCCAGACAGCUCAGAUCUUUACUCUGAGAUCGGAGCCAUCACCCGCUCUGCUAAGGUUGAUUUUGACCAACUGCAGGAGAACCUGUGUCAGAUGGAGCGUCGCUGCAAAGCAUCCUGGGACCACCUGAAGGUGAUAUCCAAACAUGAAAUGAAAGCAGCCCUUAAGCAGCGCAUGUCUGACUUCCUUAAGGACUGUGCAGAGAGGAUCAUCAUUCUUAAAAUCGUCCAUCGGCGUAUAAUAAACAGGUUUCAUUCAUUCCUGUUAUUCCUGGGUCACCCGUCGUACGCUAUCAGAGAUGUUAGCGUCCACCGCUUCAGUAAGAUUCUGAGCGAGUUUGCACUGGAGUACCGCACCACCAGAGAGCGCGUGCUGCAGCAGAAACAGAAAAGAGCAAUUCACCGCGAGAGGAACAAGACGCGCGGCAAAAUGAUCACAGAUAGUGGAAAGUUUGCAGGCACACCUUUAGAUGGGCAGGAUUCUCAGCCACAGGGUUUGGGCUAUACGGAGGAUGUAGCUGAACAUGAGCAGAUGACUGCAGUACUUCGUACCAGCCUGCAGGGCGGCGACAGUGCCUCCUCUGUUCUCCCUGGUCUGCGCACACGGACCCGAGCCAGCCGAGGCCAUACUGCACUUUUGUCUGCUGCAAACGAAGACUCUUCAAAUUGCGGAAAUGACACGGCGGAUGAGAUCAUGGAACGUAUUGUGAAAUCAGCCACUCAGGGCCCCAGUCAACGCUCGCAGCCCCGCGAGAGGAAACGCUCUCGAGCCAACCGUAAAUCCUUGAGAAGAACACUGAAGAACGGGCUCACGGUAGAAGAAGCACAGGCGCUGGGAUUGGCCAGCGGCUCUGAGAUGCAAGUGUGAGACAGACGGCAGCCACUCAGGGUCUCAGCCAACACUCUCUCUUUCCACAUCACCUGGAUAAGGACACUUCAGAUUGUGUUUGCUUUGAUUUGGAUCUUGCAGCAGAUGCAUGUUUCUGGGUGUGUUUCGCAGUGGUUAUCGCUGUGGGCGACUUAUUCUUACAAAUGAAAGGGAUUAUAAUCACUAGCCCAUCAUACUAUAUUUAACAUGGGACCUGUAGUCAACCCUUACCGCAUUACCUGGCUUCGUCUUCAUUUGCGUAAUGUCCCAAAUCUAAAGCCAGAUGCACACUGUGUGAUUUUGGCCAUGAUUUAUAGCGCAAAAUGAUCAUCUUGAUGAUGAAUCUAAGCCUUUGAGGAUGUUCUGACAUUGUGUGAAAUCCCACAGUGUGUACCUGGCUGAAUAGAAUCCGUAAUAUCACUCAGGUUCAACGUCCACUGUUCCUACUUUUGAGUUUCGUGUACCUGUGGACUCUAAACGUGAUUUCCCAAACAAUCAUUUCAAUGCAUUUCCAAAUGAGAAUAAGCACAGUUGCUGCGCAACUUCCUGAUGCACAACGUUUGUAGAUGCUCGGACAAACACAGCCUGCAGAACACUGAUGUGUUGUCAUCCAGUAAAGAGACAAACGGCUCUUAGGUCUCUAUCCGCUGUGGCCUUCAGAAUGAACCCAAAGAACUAUUUUUGAAGACGAUGGGAUCCUCACCUUCAAUUUUACUGGAUGUUUGCUUAGAUACAGAUGGAAUUGAUCGGUAUCACCUUCAAAAUUGAUAUCUAAUGUAAAUCAUGAGCAACUGUCCUUGGGCUUACAGCUUUUGUUUGUUUGAAAAGCAGGACUUCUUGUAAUGUUCACGUUCAUUUAGUUUCAAAUGUAGCCUGAAUUCGAGUUCAAAUCGUCAUAGACCACAUACACUGUUGUCGCGAAAUACGCUGAAUUUUUCUUGUUUCAACAAAACUCAUUUAACAUUGAUGUAGAUUCAUUGCACACAAAUGAGAGAGAAGUAGUGAGUCUAGUCUUUUUCCAUUUCUUACAACGUAGUCGUUUUCAUGUAAGUUUUGUCUUAACUUUGGUUUUCUCAUUGACUUUUAAGAAGCAAAAAUAGACAAUCGUCUAGCUAUGUUUGUUCAACGAAAGGCAAUAUUUUUAACAUACGCGUGCCUUGAAGAAAUGCUCUUCAGGAACACAUCUGAUUUCUGGAACAGGAGAGAGACACUCAGGUUGGUUUUUUUAAGGGAUAAUUCAGCGCAAAAUAAAAAUUCUGAGAGCAUUUAUUCACCCUUGAUCAAAACUCUCUUCUGUGAAACAUAAAAGAAGAUAUUUUGAGAAAUUGCUGUGCGGUUUUGUGCCCAUAUAAUGAACGUCAAUGGGGAUCAGUGUUGUUUGGUUACCAACAUUCUUCAAAAUAUCUUAUUUGUUCUGUAGAAGAAAGUCAAACAGGUUUAGAAUAAGACAAAAAACAAUUUUUGGGGGUGAACUGUUCCUUUAACAUAAGCAGGCUUUAAUUUCAUUGGUAAACACAUAAAUGAAAGGUUUUCUGAAUAUUAACCCCAGAGAGAUCCGAUGUUUGUGAUAGUGGUACCUACCAUUCAGCACCUUAUCAUGUGUAGCAUGCAAUUUCGAAAGGAAUUGGAAUAUUGAGUAUUGUUAAGACUGUUGUUUUUUUUCACCUCUCCCUCAGAUUUUUUCUGAGUAUUCUGUGGAUAAGAGAUUAGAUACGUGUAAAGUAGAGGCUUAACAUGACAGAUGCUGUAAAAUUGUGUAAAUGUCACUUAAACGUUUUUAAUUUUUGUGUUCGUGUUCAUGUUUUGUAUAGAAUAGUGUAUUAUAGGUCAAAAGCAGUGUUAUUCUGUGAAAAGUCUAAUUUAAGAGAAAGUAAGCCAUGCAUGGUUCGAAACUAUAACUAAAAUAUCAGCAGGCACCUCUUGUCUGGGGAUACGCAAGUACCCUGUAAAUUUAGCUUUUUUGGUCAUGUUUCAUGCGUUUACGCAGCACAGACUUGAAACAUUGUCAUGCACCCAUCCGCCCUUCGCAAAUGGCCUUUGAUGAUAUUGCACUUGCGUUCAGAGUUUCACCCAAUGUGUGCCAUAAAUGUUGGUAAUGAAUAGAAGAUCAUCUAGAAUGUGAACGUUUGUGUUUCAAAUUCCAAAAGGCAUUUACUGUACUUUGCAAUAAAAGCUUUUAAAGCCGCA